AUGGGGGGCAAGACCAGCAACAAGGCGGCCUAUUUCGAUAAGCUCAAGGGGCUCCUUGAAGAGUACAAGUCUAUCUUCAUCGUUACGGUCGACAAUGUCAGCUCUCAACAAAUGCAUAAGAUCCGUAAGAGUCUGAGGUCCGAGGGAGAAGUUCAAGGGGUAGUGCUCAUGGGCAAAAAUACCAUGGUACGAAGAGCUAUUAAAGGCUUCAUCAACGACUUCCCGGAGUACGAACGUCUGCUUCCCCACGUCAAAGGGAACGUUGGUUUCAUCUUCACCAAUGCGGACCUCAAUAAGACUCGUGAUGUAAUUCUCGCCGAGAAGGUCGCGGCUCCUGCUAGAGCCGGCGCUAUCGCUCCUUUGGAUGUUUUUGUGCCUGCAGGAAAUACUGGAAUGGAACCCGGCAAAACAUCUUUCUUCCAAGCUCUUGGUGUUCCAACAAAGAUUGCACGUGGUACGAUUGAAAUCACAACGGACUUGAAGCUUGUCGAGGCAGGGACCAAAGUCGGAGCGUCCGAGGCUACACUACUGAACAUGCUCAACAUCUCGCCCUUCACUUACGGCAUGAGCAUUUCACAGGUUUAUGACGGCGGCCAGACUUUCGCUCCCUCUGUGCUCGACAUCAAAGAGGAGCAAUUGUUCAAGGCGCUCAACUCCGCCAUCGCAACCAUUACCCAGAUCUCCCUUGCCGCAAAUUACCCUACGCUACCAUCCAUCAUGCACAGCUUCAUGAACAGCUACAAGAAUGUUCUGGCGGUCGCCGUCGAAACGGACUAUAGCUGGGAAGGAAUCAGCGAUCUGAAAGACCGUAUUGCCAACCCUGAUGCCUACGCAGCCGCAGCACCUGCCCAGACCACUGGAGAUGAGCCUGACAAGCCUGUUGAUGUUGCGGACGAAAAAGCUGAUGAGCCUGAGGAGGAGGAGAGUGGUGACGAAGGAUUUGGAGGUCUUUUCGACUAG